ACCAAACACAAAUCAAUCUCAGCCUCGUUCUCCUACUUCUUCUCCCAGAGACGAAAAAUGGCUUCUUCGAGCCACACUAACUUCGCCAGCCUCGCGUUACCCGUCCUCGCAAUCCUCUGCUGCCUCGGCCCCCGCCCGGCGGCUUCCGCCCUCGUCCAGCAGCAGCCCCUCGUCCUCCAGUACCACAACGGCCGCCUCCUCAAGGGCAACGUCACCCUCAACCUCCUCUGGUACGGCUCCUUCUCCCCCGCUCAGCGCUCCGUCAUCCUCGACUUCCUCCACUCCCUCUCCGCCCCGGCCCCCUCCCCGCCUCCCUCCGUCUCCUCUUGGUGGCGCACCACCGCCCGCUACAAGGGCGGCCCUUCCAACCUCGCCGUCGGGGCCCAGAUCCUCGACGAGAGCUACUCCCUCGGCAAAUCGUUGGAGACGGGACAGCUGGCAUCUCUGGCUUCUAAGGCCGGCUACCAGAGCAUCAAGACCAGGGCGCUCGCGAUCAACCUCGUGCUGACCUCCGCCGACGUGGCCGUCGACGGGUUCUGCAUGAGCCGGUGCGGUACCCACGGCUCCGGCGCGGCCGGGAAGGCCAAGUUCACGUACGCGUGGGUGGGGAACGCGGUCAGCCAGUGCCCGGGGCAGUGCGCCUGGCCGUUCCACCAGCCGCAGUACGGGCCGCAGACUCCGCCGCUGGUGGCGCCGAACGGUGACGUCGGGGUGGACGGGAUGGUGAUCAACCUGGCGACGGUGCUGGCGGGCGCCGUGACGAACCCGUUCAACGACGGGUACUACCAAGGGGCGGCGGGGGCCCCGCUGGAGGCGGUGAGCGCGUGCACGGGGAUCUUCGGGAAGGGCGCGUACCCGGGUUAUCCUGGUCAAGUCCUGGUGGACAAGACGACGGGGGCGAGUUAUAAUGCGAUCGGCGUUAGUGGCCGCAAGUUUCUGUUGCCGGCCAUGUGGGACCCGAAGACCUCCACGUGCGAGACACUCGUGUGAAUCCUAAUACUGAAAGUCUGAAAAGAGUUCGUAGGUAUGAGCUUUUGUGGAAAUGUUUUUUUUUUUCUAAGUGUAGAUUUAGGGAAUACAAAUGAGAUGGAAUGUAAAAUUAUAUACAAAUGAUAUGUGGAAGUACCUCUA